AUGAUUAAACAAGUCCAAGACAAUAUCGCACGCAUCGAUGAAUUACAUUCUCGGUCCUUGGGUACUGUUAAUGAAGACGAAGCCACAAAACGUAACCUUGAAUCCCUUACGGAAAAUACGCGAAACAUUUUAGUUCAAACAAAAGAUAAAAUCAGGAAAUUAGAAGCAUUAAAUUUAGGACUGCCUCCUAAUACCGGUGAUUUAGCUGUUCGGAGGGCACAAACUGCAAAUUUACGCCAAAGAUUCUUAGAAACUUUACAAAAAUACCAAAAUAUUGAAUAUCAAAAUCGUCAAAAAUAUAGAGCACGAAUGGAAAGACAAUAUAAAAUUGUUAAACCUCAAGCUACACAAGAAGAAAUUGAUGCUGCAUUAGAAAAUGAUGAGAGUGGUCAAUUCUUUGCACAGUCUCUACUGAAUUCAACACGAUAUGGUGCUGCAAAAGAUGCUCUAAGAGAAGUACAAGAGCGUCAUGAUGACAUUAAAAAAAUUGAGAAAACUAUUGCUGAACUUGUCAAUCUUUUUCAAGAAAUGCAAAUGUUGGUUGAAGCACAGGAUGCGCCAAUUGCUACUGUUGAAGAGCAUGCUACUCAAGUCAGUAAAGAUCUAGAAUCUGGUGUGCAACAAGUAGAAAAGGCCUUAGAGAGUGCGAAAGGUGCUAGAAAAUUUAUUUCUAUUUCUUCAAGGAUAAAGUCAGCGGUAACAAUAAUUCAAAUAAUUCCAAUAAUUCUAAUUCGAAUAUCUCAAAAAGUAGUAACGUCACCACAACAUAAUGCAGAACAAUUAGACACACUUGUCGUGGACAUUGUGAAAAAUAUACAUCCAGCAGGGAAAAUGGCAAAAACAUUGAGCGGUCAUAUAAUUAAGAAUUCAUUCUUUAGAAUUUUAUUUAUUCUUUGA